CGUCUCUCAAGCAGUGCGAGUCGAUCGUUCGAGCGCGCUACAUCUAAGCGCAGAAAACGUAGUGCGAAAGCCCAAUACGCACACAGAGUGUAUCGUGUGUAGAUCGUGCCACCGUGACGUGGAAGUGUUAAUCAGACAAAAAGAACAAAGCAGUUUAAUCACUUGGAAAGUAGCAUAAAUCAGACAAGAUGAGAGCAUUCAUCGCGAUCGCCCUGCUGAUGCUGGUACAGUGCGUACUGACCGUUCCAGUUCCCCAAUUUCUCACCUUCCGUGAUGGAAAGUUUGGCGUCAACUUCGGCGGUUACCAUGCGGAGGCCGGCCUCGGAGGGCUACUGACGGGCAAUUCCGCCCACGGUGGACUGUCUGCAUCGGCGGGCACCCCCUACGGACAGCAGGCGGGGGCUGGAUUGGGCGGAAUCGUCGGUGGCAACGAACGCACCGCUGGAGGAGCCUACGCGGGAGCAACGGCUGGCAGUGGUGUCGGCGCUAGUGCCGCCAUCGGCGGUGGACUCGAUGGAGUAGGAGCUGCCGGAGGAGUGGGCGCCGAAUCUCAUGCGGGAGGUUUGAGCAAGAAGGUAGUCAAACUGGGCCAAACCAAUGGUGCCGCGCCACCGACUGAGGUUGUUAUCUCGAAGGAGCAUGGUCAUGGGGGAAACUUUGAGCGCAUCGAUAACCGUGAAUACCACAAGGAAGUGCACACCGAGGUGAAGGCACCGCCAGCACAUCCCGCCCCAGCGCAGCAUGGUUUCCACAAGACCGUCUAUAAGAAGAAAGUGAUCAGUCACCCGCACAAGGUCGCCGUGGUACACACCUCGACGCAGCAUGGCGGAGCUCCUCCGCAAGGGCUGGACAUAAAUCGUUUUUUCGAAUUCCAAACGUUCUCCAAUCUGGGUGCACAAUUUGCGCACCCUCCAUUGCCUCCUCCACCACCACCACCACCGGCACCAAUCGCAUAUAAAACAACGAUCGUAAAGGAAUCGUCUUUCGCGCCAGUUCAUUACCACCAACAGCAACCCUCGUACGAGAAAGAGAUUCACACCCGGCUUGACUCGUCGAACGGGCACAGUGCCGGUGGUGCAUCGACAAGCACGCACGUGGUCGCAAGCUCAACCCACAACUCCAACUUCUGGAACGAUAUCUUCAACAUCCCAAUCUCCACAUUGUCGGCUGUUAAUCAAUUCCUGAACAACAAGAGUGGCAGCGGAAGCGUGCAUGUGGAGAAACACGUCGAGGUCCACUAGUGAACACAUGAUGGGCGAGAUAUCCUUGAAGCAAAGGCUUGUAGCCGUUCAGUGAAGCAUUUUAAAUCUUUUCAUGCGAUACGCAAGAGCUGAAUGCAGCUUAAUUUUAGAUAACGAGGAAGAACAAAUUAUGCGAACGCAGCUAAAUUCUGAACUCACACAGCCGACUCCAGGGUGUGUUGUGUUCUAAUCUUUAUUUAAAAUUUCUACCUAAAAUAAAAAGUACACUUUACACAACAUGA